GCAUCUACUACGGAGGCUACACCGGGCCAUUUGUCACCGCAAACAUCUUCCUGGUGAUUUGCUUGGUGGUGAUGACUUCCAGCUGGUCCGAAAACUAUGGACAAACUGCCAAGGAAGCAGCAAUGGAGCAGAACAAAGAGCGCGGCUUCAUGGGUGCUGUAAACUUGGUGCUGGCUCAACCGCUGAUCUUUUUGUGUGGCAUCGUGUGCUCUCUGUUCGAGUCCUCCAUGUUCAUCUUUGUCUUCAAUUGGACGCCGGUGCUGAUGAAGCCUGGCGAGCCGGAUCCACCCUUUGGCCACAUCUUUGCGGGCUUCAUGAUCAUGUGCAUGCUAGGCAGCCGCCUUUUCUCCCUUGCGAUCCACUACAUACCGAACGAGCGGAUUGGAAUGUACACUCUUUGCCUGGCAGCACUUUGCCAUGCAAGCAUCCUCGUGGUAAACUCUGAGGCAGUACAUCUGACGGCGUUUUUCGUCUUCGAGAUGUGCGUUGGCCUGUACUUCCCCAUGAUGGGCACCAUGAAGGGCCAGAUCGUUCCAGA